ACAAUUAAAUUAAUAACCAGUAGGAGUCUUGAUUAAUCAACACACAACACAAGCAUCAUGAUCGACCACAAUUAAGUUAACGCCAGUUAGAAAAACAGGGUCAUGGGCACUCCGCUGAACCUCACAUCCAACAUCUUCUUCUUCAUCUUCACCUUGACCAUCCUCUAUGUGGCCUACACCUUCCCCAGGCUCCAACCAAACCAAACCAACCUCGUAUUCUACGUCCACGACCACUUCACCGGCGAACACUCCACCGCCGCCACGGUUGCCGGAAAAAGUGGACCCGCCUCCAACAUCCUGCACUUCGGCACCGUGGCAAUCGUAGACGACCCAGUAACAGUGGGACCCAGCGAUGACUCAGCGCUCAUUGGUAGGGCCCAGGGCAUGUACGUAAAUUCGCAGCUUGAUGGCAAAGGCCUGUACAUGGUUUUCUCCGUGAUCUUCACCGACGGGGAAUUCAAAGGAAGCAGCUUGGAAAUUCAGGGAUCUGAUAUCUUCACAGUGAAAGAACGGGAAUUUGGGGUUGUGUCUGGAACGGGGUAUUUCAGGUUUGUGAAGGGGUACGGGAUUAUGGAAACGGUGUUUAUGGAUAUUGCUAAUCUUAGGGCUACACUUAAACUCAAUGUAACAGUCAAGCAUUAUUAGGAAAUCUUGUGUUAUAUUUUUCUGGGAUUUGAUUUCUGCUGCAAAAACAUUUUAACUGUGCUUGUGGUACCACUGUGGGUGUAGUUUUCAACUUCAACAGCAUACUCCAUGUAUUUUGUAGCAGCUCGACUCUCUUAUCUUUGUUAUCCCUAUUCUUGAUUCUAAUUUACAGAACAAAACCAAGUUUCAUA